AUGGCGACAACCGAGAAAGUCGAUGCCAAGCACGUGGCAUCGCUUGAAGAGUUGGAGAACACAACCGUUCACGUUGCCUCUGGCAGCGAGGAAUUCAACGAAGCCCUUAUCCAGGAACCCCCGAAACUCUUGGAUCCGACUUCGCUUCUGCUAUUUCUCUGUCUGCUCGUGGGAUUCUUCUGUCAGACGAUGAAUGGAUUUGACGGUGCGCUUUUUAAUGGUCUGCUUGCCAAUACCAUCUUCCUGGGCCAUUUCCAUGGAAGUGAUUCGGGGAUAUGGGCCGGCAUCGUUUCGGCCAUGUACCAGAUUGGCGGCGUCAGCGCUCUGCCCUUCGUCGGUCCUGCCAUCGAUACCUGGGGUCGACGUGUUGGCAUGUUCAUUGGCAGUCUCUUCAUCGUUCUCGGUACAAUUGUCUGUGGUCUGACGAUCACGAAUGCUAGUAUUGGCCAGUUCAUGGGUGGCCGCUUCAUGCUUGGUUUCGGUGUCUCGAUUGCUUCUUCCGCCGGCCCCAUUUACGUCGUCGAGACUACUCAUCCGGCCUACCGCGGUAUUGUGACGGGUUACUGCAAUACCUUUUGGUUUGUUGGUUCGAUCUUGUCAUCUGGUGCCGUCCGCGGUGCUAUUACACUCCACACCAAUGUGUCCUGGCAGAUUCCCGUGUGGCUGCAGUUGGUGUUCUCUGGUUUGAUCAUUUGUUUCUGCUUUUUGAUUCCCGAGUCUCCGCGUUGGCUGUACGUGAACGGCAAGAGAGAAAAGGCCGUCGAGACGCUGACGAAGUGGCACGGUUACGGAAACUGUGAUUCGCUGUGGGUUAAACUUCAAAUUUCUGAAUACGAGGCUCAUUUGAACAUGGAUGGCUCCGACAAGAAGUGGUGGGAUUACCGCAGUCUCUUCAACAAGCGCAGCAACUUCUACCGUCUGAUGUGCAACGUCUCCUUCUCGGUCUUCGCGCAGUGGGCUGGAAACGGCGUGUUGACAUACUACCUUGUUCCAGCCCUCAAAGGUGCCGGAUUCACCUCGGACGUCACACAAGCAAACAUCAACCUGGGAUACUCCUGCUUCCAAUUUUUCUGGGCGCUCGUCGGUGCCGCGUUUGUCGACAAAAUCGGUCGUCGACCACUAAUGCUCAGUGGUAUGGCAGGUUGCUGUGUAGUUUGGAUUGCAGUGUUGGCUGCCUCUAGCCAGGUGAACAAGGCCGAUGGUGGUCUGAACCACGCCGCAUCGAAUGCCACGCUUGGGUUUAUUUUCAUCUUCGGUGGAGUGUUUUCUUUCUGCCUCACGCCGCUGCAGGCUCUGUAUCCGGUCGAAGUGCUCUCGUACGAGAUGCGCGCCAAGGGAAUGGCCUUCUCCGCUCUGGCUGUCAACGCGGCGGGUCUUUUGAACCAGUUCGCAUGGCCCGUCUCGUUGGCAAAUAUUGGCUGGAAAACGUAUAUUGUGUUCAUUAUCUGGGAUGCGAUUCAGACUGUCAUUAUGUACUUCUUUCUCCCGGAGACCAAGAACCGAACGCUCGAGGAACUCGAUCAGAUCUUUGAGGCUCGCAAUCCCGUAAAGGAGUCGGUGAAACCCGUUGAGAUUGCAGUCAAUCAAGACAACCAAGUGGUGGCAGUGAAGGAAGCAUAG